CCGCGGAGGUCCUCAGCGGCAGCAGCAGCAGCCAUGGCCGGGGGACGCACCGCGCUCGCCCUGCUGGUUCUGGUGUGUUUACGCCUCCAGCGCGGCGGCUCCUUCAACCUGGACGUGGAAAAGCCCUCCGUGUUCCUGGGACCUCCGGGAAGCUACUUCGGCUUCUCGGUGGACUUCUUCAAGUCUCCGGACAACAGAGAGUCAGACGUUCUCAUCGGAGCUCCUCGCGCAAACACCUCGUCCUCCAGCAGCGUGGUGGAGAGAGGAGCGGUAUACAGCUGCCCGUGGAGUGGUGACUCCUCCUGCCGGGAGGUCCCGUUUGACAACUCAGACAACAGGGUUUCCUCAGAUGGCUCUUUAAUGGAAUUCAAAUCCAAGCAGUGGUUUGGAGCUUCAGUGCGAUCUGAUGGAGAACACAUUCUGGCCUGUGCCCCCCUGUACCAGUGGUCAACCUUCGGGGUUUCAGAUCGCGAGCCUGUGGGAACGUGUUAUCUCAAGAAAGGAAGUAAAGUAGUGGAGUACUCGCCUUGCAGAUCAACGGCUAGCACCCCAGAAGGACAGGGUUUCUGCCAGGCUGGCUUCAGUGCAGACUUUCUGAAGAAGAACAACAAAGUUGUUGUUGGAGGACCUGGCAGCUUCUACUGGCAGGGCCAGCUGAUUUCUGAUGAUGUGACAGAGAUUUUAAGUCGUUUGGAUACUGAAUUGACCACUACCUACUCCAACACACUUAAAACCAAAUCAGCUGGCGCCCAGUAUGACGACAGUUACCUCGGAUACUCUGUGACUGUGGGGGACUUUAAUGAUGACGGGAAGGAAGAUUAUGUGACAGGCGUACCCAGAGGGGAGAAAGCUCUGGGUUAUGUGAACAUCUUCAACGGUCAGAACAUGGCGUCUAUGAUCAACUUCACAGGUUCACAGAUGGCUGCUUACUUUGGACACUCGGUAGCAGCGUCAGAUCUUAAUAACGACGGUUUGAUAGACCUGCUGGUUGGAGCUCCUCUUUUCAUGGACAGAGGCUCAGAUGGGAACCUGAGGGAGGUGGGACAGGUGUCUGUGUACCUGGGAAAAGGUGGCUUCUCCUUCCGCUCGGCCCAGAUGCUGACCGGAGCGGAGGUUUAUGCCCGAUACGGCUCCACCAUCGCAGCUCUGGGUGAUCUGAACAGAGAUGGAUACAACGAUGUGGCCAUCUCUGCUCCUUACGGAGGCCCCAACCACCACGGCCUGGUCUACAUCCAUAACGGCCGCUCUCAGGGGCCCGACCCCUCACCUUCCCAGGUCCUGCAGGGCAAGUGGGCGUCCAGCUACAUGCCUGCCAGCUUUGGAUACUCCAUGACUGGAAGCACUGACAUAGACCAGAAUGGGUAUCCAGAUUUAAUCGUCGGUGUGUUUGGAGCAGACAGAGCUGUUUUAUACAGAGCCCGUCCGGUCAUCAGUGUCAACGCCACGCUGGACAUCACUCCACAGAUCGUGAACCCCAAGGAGAAGACCUGCACUCAUCCCGACACCAAAGCGCCGGUGUCGUGUUUCAAGGUGAAGUACUGCAUGACAGCCAGCGGCUACAGAGCUCCAAGCAGCAUGAUUUUCCACGUGGAACUCCUGCUGGACCGCCUGAAGCAAAAAGAGGCAACGAAGCGCGUUCGCUUCCUGCACAGUCAAGUCUUCCAGUACUCCAAGAACAUGACGGUGAGCAGCAACAAAGUCCCGUCCUGCGAGGAGCUGGACGUCUUCUUGAAGGAUGAGCAGGACUUUCGGGAUAUGAUCACCCCCAUCUCCGUUGCGAUGGAAUACAAUCUGGACUACCAGCGCGCUGCGGACCAGAGCGGGCUGCUGCCCAUCCUGGAUGCAUCCACACCGAACAACGUCACAAAGCAGGCUCAUAUCCUGCUGGACUGUGGAGACGACAACAUCUGCAAACCUAACCUGACCCUGUCAGUGAAAAGUGACCGUGAGGAGAUCUACAUCGGCGACGACAACAGUCUCACUCUGGAGGUGGUGGCUGAGAACCACGGGGAGGGAGCCUAUGAAGCCGAGCUUCACGUCUUCCCGCCGCAGCAGGCAGACUUCAUCGAGGUGGUCCGCAGUCAGACCUUCUCCAGGCUGUCCUGUGCUUACAAGAAAGAGAACCAGACCAAGAUUGUGGUGUGUGAUCUGGGGAACCCCAUGAAGGCAGGGACUAAGAUCCUGGCUGGGCUGAGGUUCAGCGUGCACCAGCUGUCUGAGGAGGACACCAAAGUCAAAUUUGACCUGCAGAUCGUCAGCUCUAACCAGUUCAACAACACCAGUGCAAAAGUCACCAGCACCAUCAACCUGGCUAUUCUGGCUAAAGUUUCCAUCAGAGGAUCCUCGUCUCCCAGUCAGGUGCUGCUCCCCAUCGCCAACUGGAAGCCUAAAGAUCCUCCGGUGCUCGGGGAUGACAUCGGACCGCCCAUCAUCCACGUCUACGAGCUGGUGAACCACGGGCCCAGCACCUUCAGCAAAGCCUCUCUGGAGGUGGAGUGGCCGUACCACUUCAGAAACGGCUCUCUGCUCUACAUCACCAGCUUUGAGACUCAGGGGCCCAUCAACUGCACCACCAACAUGCUGAUCAACCCGCUCAACGUCUCUAACCCCGUGUCCUCUGAGAAAAACACCAGCUCUGGUCCAUCCAGAGAGACAGAAGGUCGACGCACAAACCGCAUCAAGAGGGACUUGGAGUCCAAGGAUGCAGAGAACAACUUGCAGACACUGGACUGCACCACAGCUACGUGCCUGAAGCUGAAAUGUCAGGUGGGUCGUCUUGAGAAGACGAAGAACGCCAUCCUCUUCAUCUAUUCCAGACUGGACGUGAACAACUUCCUCAGGCUGGAAAAUCAGAACCAAUCUUAUGUGGUUCAGACUAAAGCUUCCUUCAGUGUCAUUGAGAUGCCGUACAAGCACCUGUCGACAGACCUGCCAUCCAACAGCACCACCGUGAGCUUGAUGGUGACGUGGGUGGCGGACGUUCCUCAGUCUGUCCCAGCCUGGGUGGUGGCUCUGGCUGUGCUGGCGGGCCUGCUGCUGCUGGCGCUGCUCAUCUUCAUCAUGUACAAGGUGGGUUUCUUCAAGAGAGUGCGCCCGCCGCAGGAGGACUCCACCGAGAAGGAGCAGCUGCAGCCGGAGGAGAACGGAAACACUGACCCUUAGAGUUCGCUUUUAGCAAAGCAGCGAGUCCAGGAGAGAUAUCAGGGUAAAGGCCUGGAGAGAAUCCACUGUACAGACUGCUGAAUGCAGGUCUGGUCCUGCUUUAGUUUAGCUGUUCCAUCUGAUUAGUCCUCACAUCUGUGCCAAAAGAGAAAAACACUGGCUUCAAGUAGAACCAUAGAGAUCUCCGUCUGCCCCAUCACAGUAUCUGCUGUGUUCCUCGGAUGUUCAGAUUAGGUUCCCCUCAAAGAUCCUUGAUCGACAGACUGAUCCUUUAUCUCCUUAACCAGCAGAGUUCUGAUCCAAACGUGAGCGGUUCAGAGGCUCGCCGUCCGGCCUGUCGUCCACUUUGCACAUUGUUGGCUUCCUAAGCUGCUGCUGCCUUGAAAAGUCCAGAACUGCUGAAACUGUUAGUAAAACCUUUUAAAAGAUGACUAAGUGAAAUAUCAUCACAGUAAUUAAUAAAAGAAUUGAAAGAAGAA